ACUAUUCAAAUUUCGAUUAUAUAGUUUUGAUUUCAACAGGAAUUUGAAUUUUAGUUUAUGCUUUUACAUAAUGUUACGAUUGCCACUUCCAAUUUUAAACACUUUUAAUUAUAAAAAAUUAGCUUGUUUACAUUUUCAAACGAUGUAAAAUUUCUUCCUACAGGGGGCAACAAAAUCAAAUUUAUGUUCCAAACGAUACAUGUUAAAUUCUUCACGUUCGCAUUCAUAUACGCAGUAAAAAUAUUGCGUCAUAAAAUACUAUGUAACGGCGUAUUGCGAAUAUGAUAACAAAUUACAUCUAUACAUAUGUGUGCGUACAUAUAUAAUAACAGUUAUUAAUACAUUUUAACAAACAAACGAAAUCAACUGAAGUUUACAAAACGAUAAAUUUAAUACUUAAAAACAUUUCGCUUGAUCAUUUGUUGUUAAAUCUAUAAAUUCGUAUCAUGACUAAAGUUAGUGUAUUGGACGGCAGUUUUUCAACUCAAGUAUCUAAGCACGUUGGUAAAAGUGCUGAUGGUGAUCCUCUGUGGACAGCACGAUUCCUGGUAACCAAUCCGGAUGCAGUUCGUGACACUCAUUUAGAUUUUCUGCGAGCAGGAAGUGACAUUAUUGAAACAAAUACAUAUCAAGCAUCAGUUGAUGGAUUUUGCAAAUAUCUUAAUGUGACAAAAGCUGAAAGUCUUGAAUUAAUUCAAAAUGCUGUGAACUUGGCAAAACAAGCUGUAGAAAUAUAUAAAAAAGAAAACAAAGAUAAUGAUGAUGUUGUAAACAUUAAUCCACAAAUUGCCGGUUCUUGCGGACCGUACGGAGCUGUUCUUCAUGACGCAUCUGAAUAUACAGGUUCAUAUGGUAAAAGUGUAUCAAAAGAAUUUCUUAAAGACUGGCAUAGAGUUCGAAUGGAAACUUUAAUCAAAGCUGGAGUUGACCUUCUGGCUAUUGAAACAAUCCCAUGUGCUGAAGAAGCUGAAACUUUAGUUGAGCUGCUGAAAGAAUUUCCAAAUACCAAAGCUUGGCUUUCUUUUUCAUGUUCCACUGAUGGAUCUACAAUUGUAGAUGGAACUGACUUUGCAGAAAUCGCUAAAAAAUGUUACAAUAAAACUUCACCAGGACAACUUGUAGCUGUAGGAGUCAAUUGCCUUUCUCCACAAAUUGUAUCUUCAUAUUUAUCAAAGAUUAAUCCAAACAAAUCAGAAAAACUUCCUCUAGUGGUGUAUCCCAAUAGUGGAGAAGUCUACUCUCCUGAUCAAGGCUGGAAAGAUGGGAAACAUUUCGAUGUUGAAAAAUGUAUUCAUGAAUGGUUGGGUUUAGGAGUUCAAUACAUCGGAGGUUGCUGCAGAACAAGUGAUGAAGAAAUUGCAAAAAUACGUUCUCAAGUUGAUUCAUGGAAAUCUCAAGAAAAGGAAACUACUGUUUGAUAUGUUCAUUAUCAAUAAGUUUUAUAUAUUAUAUCAUCAAGCAUGUGACAUUUCUAAAUUUAUAUUCAAACGUUUGUUUUAGUUAUUUAAUUAUAUUCAGAUUGAAAAAUUUCAAUUUUUUUAAGAGUUUCUAAAACAAGAAUUCAAUUUAGUAAAAGUUUGUACGUAAUUUUAAGAUUAAAUAAGUAUCUAUUUUAAUAAAAAAAAUUUUUUUUAAA